AUGGACGACUCCGGGGGAGUCCAGGUGGCUCGCGCGCUGAAGCACGCCGCGCUGUGCGUGAUGCUGCUGCCCCGGUUCCUGCUGGCCGCCCUCAUGCUCUGGCUCCUGGACUUCCUGUGCAUCCGGAGGAAAGUGCUGCCGAGAAUGCAGGACGGCCCGGACGACCCGCCGCUGUGCGUGUCCGACUCCAACAGGAUGUUCACGUGGGAGUCGCUGCGGGCCGUGUGGCACGGCCAGAAACUGGACUUUCUCAAAUCGGCGCACCUGGGUCAGGAUGCGCCCAACACCGAGGUGGUGCUGGUGCAGGAGCGGCGGCCGGUCCGGCUCCUGGACUGCACGAAGGGCAGGAGACCGCUCAUCCUCAACUUCGGCAGCUGCUCCUGACCGCCGUUCAUGACGCGUCUGGCCGCGUUCCAGCGCGUCAUGCGCCAGUACGCGGACAUCGCGGACUUCUUGGUGGUGUACAUCGAGGAGGCGCACCCGUCGGACGGCUGGGUGAGCUCGGACGCGCCGUACCAGAUCCCCAAGCACCGGUGCCUGGAGGACCGGCUCCGAGCCGCGCAGCUGAUGCUCUCCGAGGUGCCCGGCAGCAACGUGGUGGUGGACAGCAUGGACAACGCGUCCAACGCCGCGUACGGAGCCUACUUUGAGAGACUCUACAUCGUGAUGGAUGCAAGGGUGGUGUACCAGGGGGGCAGGGGUCCGGAGGGGUACCGGCUCGCUGAGCUGAGGAGCUGGCUGGAGGAGUACAGGAAGGAGCUGGCACAGUCUGCAGUUCUGUGCGUGUAA